GGGUCGAAAAUAAGUUGAUAUCACCUUUCGUUAUACAAUCAUCACAACUUCAUACUUUCUUUAAAACAAUGCUCGAUCAAGCACAGUUGCAAGCAGUCAAUGAAAAGCUCGCUAAUGCCACUCCACAAGAAAUUCUUGAGUGGGCAAUCGACAACCUCGAUGGACUUUAUCAAACUACAGCCUUUGGUUUGACAGGUACCAUUGCUGUCGAUAUGAUAAGCAAGAUCAGCAAAGCUAGAGGUACUUCUCAUUCGAUCGAUCUCAUCUUCUUGAACACACUCUAUCACUUCCAAGAGACAAUCGAUUUAGCAAAAGCUGUUAGUGAGAAGUACAACGCAAAGUUACACAACUACAUCCCAAAUGGUGUUAACAAUGUAACUCAAUUUGAAGCACUCUACGGAAAAGAAUUAUGGAAGACUGAUGAGGAUAUGUAUGACUUCGCAGUUAAGGUCGAACCAGCUCGUAGGGCAUACGAAGAACUCGGCGUCAAAGCCGUUUUGACUGGAAGAAGGCGCAGUCAAGGUGGAGAAAGGGCAGCAAUCCCUGCCAUAGAAAUUGACGAAACCGGUUUAAUCAAGGUCAACCCACUCGCUUCAUGGACCUUUAACCAAGUAAAGGAAUACGCGGAUGCGAACCAAGUACCAUACAAUGCCCUCCUCGAUAAAGGAUACAAGAGUGUUGGUGAUUGGCACUCCACCAAGGCACCAUCCGGUGUAUCCGCAUCUGAUGCAGACGAGCGUAGUGGCAGAUGGUCAGACAAGGGUGGUCAAAAGACUGAAUGUGGCCUCCAUAAGGACUUCUUCGUUAUGAAGCGCGCUUUCGAGAAGCGCAAGCGUGAAUUAGAGUUAGCAAAGAAGGAUUCAGAAGCUCAAGUACAAGUACAAGCUUAAGACAUCUCGAAAAAUUCUCUUUUUUUGCAUAGAACUAAUACGCGCAUAGAUUAUAACAAAUUGUAUUAAUAACGAAAAGUCCAAAUAAUGAAUAAUUGCUCUACUAUAUUUUUAAGUCAUGAAAUCUGGUGGUCGUAGGAAUCCAUCUAGUGCAGUAUCAAACAUUUCAUUUCGUAUUGGCAUUUCGGGUAUAUGGAAUGGGUUCUUCAUCACAGUGUCAGCGUAUAUUUCAUAAACUCUAUUCAAU